CUUCACCUUCCAUUUUUCAUCAAGGCUGCCUCAUCCUCUGGAAUGAAAUUGGACAGGAGAUCUGCAACACGCCGUUUCUGGGAAAUAAAUAAUUAACCGAGGAAUUAUGGGAGUCGGUCAUACCACGGCAGCCAUGGAAACUGACAGCUGCCUGAAUAAAUCUUUAUGUGGAGACGGUCUAGUCCCCGUUAACCGCACGAGGUCAUACGGCAGUCUUGUACAAUCCAACCUUUCUCCGGUACGACAAAGACGAAUUGAACACCUAGUUCAACCAGGAGAGACGCUGCAAGGACUCGCGUUGAAAUAUGGAGUAUCCAUGGAACAAAUCAAAAGAGCAAAUAGACUGUACACGAAUGACUCGAUAUUCAUAAAGAAGUCUCUUUCUAUCCCUGUGCUGUCAGACUACAACAGUGAUGCUAAUAGUGGGGUAGAUGUGACUGAGGAGGACUCAGGCCAGGUACAGGACAGUACAAGUAAAGAAGGCUCUACUCAAAAUGGGAAGCCAGUGAACAACUCUGAAAAGACACAAGAAGGCAUAUCAGAACUUUCUCCAAUUAAUUUCUUAAAAAGGAUGGAUUGUAUGAUCAGCCAGUCCAAGCAAGCUGUGAAAAGAUGCCAAGAGGGAGAAAAACGAUUGACAUCUUUGGAAGCUUGUACCACCAGCAAGACAACAGACCGUCGAUUUACAAGGUCAAACAGUGCCACGGUCGUCACCUCUCCCAGAAUGCAUCAGCAAGCCAUACUUGGUGCAUUGCCCCUCACCAUCACCAAAUGCACCAAGAAACUGAGAGAAAGAGAGGAUGAGAUCUUUGAGUUGUGAUUUCAUUGCCUCUGUCAGGCAGAUCAUGGGACACAUGUACUAAUGCAUAAAUCAAAGGGAUUGGCCGCCAAGCUAAUCUGGCAAUACAGAUUUAGGAGAGUUCUUAUUUUCACUAACGAGUAACCUGCUGCUCUAUGGACUUGGUACUUGAAAGUUGGUCGUUAGCACUGUUGAUAUAAUUGUUUUGCUGGGAGGAUGAGUUUCAUUUUGACAAUACACUACUGGUUAAAAGUUUUAGAACACCUACUCAUUCAAUGGUUUUCUUUAUUUUUACUAUUUUCUCCAUUUGUAGUGAAGACAUCAAAAUUAUGAAAUAAAACAUAUGGAAUCAUGUAGUAAACAAAUCAAAAUAUGAUAUAUUUUAGGUUCUUCAAAGUAGCCACCCUUUGCCUUGAUGACAGCUCUGCACACUCUUGGCAUUCUCAACCAGCUUCAUGAGGAAUGCUUUUCCAACAAUCUUGAAGGAGUUCCCACAUACGCUGAGCACUUGUUUGCGGCUUUUCCUUCACUCUGCAGUCCGACUCAUCCCAAACCAUCUCAAUUUGGUUGAUGUCGGGGCAUUGUGAAGGCCAGGUCAUCUGCACUCCAUCACCUCUUGGUAAAAUAGCCCUUACUCAGCCUGGAGGUGUGUUGGGUUUGUUCUGUUGAAAAACAAAUGAUAGUCCCACUUAGCCCUAACCAGAACCAAUUUGGACUCCAGACCAAAGGACAGAUUUCUACCGGUCUAAUGUCCAUUGCUCGUAUUGCUCGUGUCCAUUGCCCCAGAAAAUCUCUUCUUCUUAUUGGUGUACUUUAGUAGUGGUUUCUAUGUAGCAAUUCAACCACGAAGGCCUGAUUCACCCAGUCUCCUCUGAACAGUUGAUGUUGAGAUGUGUCUGUUACUUGAACUCUGAAGCAUUUAUUUGGACUGCAUUUUCUGAGGCUGGUUACUCAACUGAACUUGUCCUCUGCAGCAGAGGUAACUCUGGGUCUUCCAUUCCUGUGACGGUCCUCAUGAGAGCCAGGUUCAUCAUAGCGCUUUAUGGUUUUUGCGACUGCACUUGAAGUAACUUUCAGUGCAAAGCUGUCAUCAAGGCAAAGGGUGGCUAUUUGAAGAAUUUCAAAUAUAAAAUAUAUUUAGAUUUCUUUAACCAUUUUUUCAAAAAAAAAAAAAAAAAAAAUUAUAUGUUAUUUCAUAGUUUUGAUGUCUUCACUACAAUGUAGUCAAAGUAAAGAGAAACCCUUGAAUGAGUAGGUGUUCUUAUACACUACCGGUCAAAAGUUUUAGAAGACUUCUUAUUAAACAAUGAACUAUUUACAAGUUAUUUCAAGAUGUAGUACAUUGAUUACGUAUUAUAUAUUAGCCAUGUCCAGAACAGCACUGUCUGGUUGUCCGUUUACUACACAAGACGAGAGUCAGAAUGUGGCACUUUGGAGUUGUGUUUGUAUGUUAGUGUGAUCUUGUAAAUCUCCAAGCUAUGUUUGGCCACAGGCGCUAGAUCAUGUGAGUUAUGCUACCUCGUAGUGUCUUAUGCAAUGUCAGAAAUGUGAAAAAUAUGCAAGUCUUGGAGAACAAUAGAAGUUGACUAAAUACAUUUAUUAUUGAAACCAAUGUGAGUUGGUAUAGCCUAGUCUUCAUUGGGUGUUUGUUACAAUUACGCAAUGGUGUACAUAUUUAUUUUUAGAAGAAUACUGAGCAUUGCGCUUUCUUGUUCUAAUCUUGGCACUAGGUUGUAGGCAGUGGUAAGGUUGUAUGUAUUGUAUUGUUAACACUGAAUUAGCCAUACUCAAUUAAAGUGUGAAACUUGUUGGA